AUGUCGACUCUGAUUCCAGGCCUUGCAUGUUUUUUUAUUCAAGUGAGAUUUUCUCGAUUUUGCGCAGGUACGUGCAAGAAGGGCGACUCGUGCGAGUUCGCUCACGGCGUGUUCGAGUGCUGGCUCCACCCGGAGCGAUACCGGACGCAGGCGUGCAAGGACGGGCAGAGCUGCCGCCGCGGCGUCUGCUUCUUCGCCUACUCCCCCGACCAGCUCCGUGUCCUCCCCGGCCAGCAGCAGCAGCAGCAGCAGCAGCACAGCCCCAAGAGCGCCACCGACUCCGAGUUCGGGUCCAUGGUCCGCCCCUCCGCCGCCGCCACCGCCGCCUUCGACUCCUACUUCACCAAGCCGUGGUCGGCCUCCUUCAUAUCCUCGCCCACCUCGAUCCUGACCACCUCGUCGCCCCCGAUCUCGCCCCCGAUGUCCCCGAACCAACGCGGCGGCUGCUGCGGGUCGCCCGGAUCGGUGAGCGAGCUGGUGGCCUGCAUGAGGAACAUGCAGAUCGCCAAGAUGAAGAUGAGCCCCUGCGGGCAGAUGGCGGGGUCCCUCUUUGAUCUGUGGGAGUCUCACCAUCGCUGCGAAGAGGAGCCCCUGAUGGAGAGGGUCGAGUCUGGGAGAGAUUUGAGGGCCAAGAUGUACGCGAAGCUCAGCAAGGGGAACUCCCUCGAUGGCUCCGACCUUGUCGGGUCCGGUUCCGGUCCGGACGUGGGGUGGGUCUCUGAGCUGGUCAUGUGAAAGGCCGAAGAAGCAGUUCGAGUCCUCCCCGAGUCGACUCGGAGCUCGAAUUUUGUUUGGGUCGAAAGAAGUGAUUUUUUGGGGCUGAUGGGCCGUGUUCGGCAAUCGGGUGGCCUGUUGAUUAAUCUCUGACUCGGAUGUGUGAAUAUAUCUCGUGUUCAUUUCCAUUGUUGAUGAUGAUUACCUUCCUUCUUCUCAAGGUGUAAAUAUUGGCUGGCGGGAGAGAGAUUUCAAGUCUCUGUUUUGUGGUCCGAUGACUUUCUAGUUACCUCUCUUUGUAAAUGAAGUUUCAGUAAGCAUUCUUAAAA